AUGGGCGAGCAUAAUCUCCUUAAUCCAGGGUUUGUGGGACCUUUGGUAAACAUCCACACUGGAGACACAUUUUACUUUCCGAAUUUCAGAGCCUCAGGGGGACAACUGGCGGGGCUACCGUCUCUCUCCUACCCGAGAAGGGACAAUGUUUGCUCCCUCCCGUGGAAUCCUUCGGAGCCGUGCAAUGGAUACUCUCAAUCCUACUUUAGCAGCCCUGUGUCUAUUAACCCUUCUUUCAAUCGCUCGUGUGAAAUUACCAGACCAGAUGAAGGCAAAUGUUAUUAUAACAACAGCAACGGGAACCGGGAGACCUGCUCAGGUGGCAGCAACCUCAAACGAGAGGAUAGGGCGAGAGACACAUCAUCCCUAACAUCUGACCACGGGAUGCACAGCAGCACUGCAACCUUCUCCAAAUAUGAUUAUGGAACCGAGCAGCUAACGCAAGACCCGCCAUCCUGUCAGUCAAUGGAGUCCGACUCCAGCUCCUCUCUGCUCAACGAGAGCAGCAAACCUUCAUCCAGCGACACACAGACCCUGGUGUCACCGGGAAACCAUUCAAGCAACAUUGCAGCAAGCGGAGGUGCCCCGUGGUAUCCGAUGCAAACUCGAACCAGAAAGAAACGCAAACCCUAUUCCAAACUCCAACUGGCUGAGCUAGAAGGGGAAUUCAUGCUGAACGAGUUCAUCACCAGGCAGCGGCGGAGGGAGCUCUCUGACCGUCUGAACCUCAGCGACCAACAAGUCAAGAUCUGGUUCCAGAACCGCAGGAUGAAGAAGAAGAGACUCAUGCUGAGGGAGCAAGCUUUGGCCUACUUUUAGAGAUGCGGCAAAAGGUGAAUCGAUAGGCAGUAAAAGCCAAGCCUUCUGCGCUCCCCUUAGGUCUUCCUACAAUGCAUGCACUAACCUAUCCAUCGUUUACAUUGCAGGCAGUUAUUGCAACGUUUUCUGAUAUUAGUUUUCUGAAAAGUGCAGGCUACACCAGCCCAACAUGAGCCACUAUCUGGCGUUCGAAGCUCAGUGGCACUGCCUUCAUGUUUGGUAUACUAAUCACACAACAUCGUUUGCUCAGAUGCUCAGUCUGGGAUAACACGUAAUGUCACCAUCGUUUUUGUUCCUUUUAUUCCGAGAAAAUACAGAGGGAGCGGGGUCCACACGGUAAAACCUUAAAACAGGCCCAAAAUAAAAGCGAAGCCAGAAAGACAGAGGAGCCUGACUGGCAGGCUUGAGCCGCAUCCGCGCAGCAAUUUGUCUGAGGUUAUGAACUGGAAGAACAAUCUCCUUCCCUGUUGAUCCCAUAACCGCAGUUUGUUUGGUAAGCGAAAUCCUUAUCUGCUUUCCAUAGUUUAACCCCCCACC